AUGAGCGAGGAACCGCUUCCGGAGGGAGUCUUCUCCCUCCUGGACACUGAUCUCUACAAGUUGACGAUGCAGUGUGCCAUUCUCAAGUACUUUCCUGAUGUUGAUGUGACUUAUGGGUUCACGAAUCGUACCCCGCAGAUGACAUUCACGCGAAGCGCAUACAAAUGGCUCUUACGACAGAUGGACAAAAUCGCAAAUAUUCGCGUCUCGCCGGACGAGAUUGAAUUCCUGAAGAAGCGAUGUCCUUACUUCAAUGACGCAUACCUGCAGUUCUUGACGACGUUCAAACUUAACCCCUCCGAGCAAAUUGAAAUUACUUGGACACCUGUGGACGACACCGGUAGUGACGAAGAUGUCGGCGGUAUCGAAUAUCUCAUCAAGGGCCGCUGGGUCGAGACAAUACUCUACGAGAUCCCUCUGCUUGCGCUGACCAGCCAAGCAUACUUCAUGUUCUGCGAUAAGGACUGGGACUACAACGGUCAGGAGGACAAGGCGUUCCGGAAAGGAUGUGCACUGCUUGAACACGGCUGUGUUUUCUCGGAGUUUGGUUCGCGACGUCGACGGGACUAUCACACUCAGGAUUUGGUCAUGAAAGGACUUUGCGCGGCUGCGAAAGAGAGCCAGAAAAAGGGCUGGAAGGGUGUCUUUACGGGAUCGAGUAAUGUCCACUUUGCGAUGAAGUAUGAUGUGGAUCCGGUUGGCACUGUUGCCCACGAGUGGUACAUGACGAUCGCUGCUAUCACUGAUGAUUACGAGAAUGCCAAUGAGAUAGCACUGAGAUACUGGCUAGGAUGUUUCGGUGAGGGGGUCCUUGGAGUCGCAUUAACAGACACAUUCGGUACACCAGCCUUCCUCGAUGCCUUCUCCAAGCCAAUACCCGAAUACACCAGCGCAGGAGUCGGUGCCGUCAGCACAAGCGCAUCCGGAGCCGGCACCACAACCCAGUCCAACAUCCAAAGCGAGGCACAAAUCACACCUCCAAUCGCGGCACCAAUUCACGAGGGCGGCGAGCACAAGAAGAAGACAUACGCGGACGUAUACACCGGUGUUCGCCAGGACUCUGGCGACCCCAGUUAUUUCGUGAAGAUGGUCCGCGACUUCUACGAUGGACACGGCAUUACAGGCCAGAAGGUCAUCGUCUUCUCGGACUCGCUCAACAUCGAAAAUUGUCUAGAAUACAAGGUCAUUGCGGAGGAAGCAAACUUCAAGCCUGUUUUCGGUGUCGGGACAUUCUUCACCAACGACUUCAUCAACAAAGCAAGCGACGAAAAAUCCAAACCCCUCAACAUCGUCAUCAAAAUCGCUACCGCAAGCGGCCGCCCGGCCGUCAAACUCAGCGACAACAUGGGCAAGAACACCGGCGACAAAGACACCGUCCAGCAGGUCAAGCAGAAGCUUGGAUACGUCGAGCACACUUGGGAGCAGGGGAAUGAGACUAACCGGUGGGCGGAUAAGAGCUGA